AUGAUAAAAAUUAUUUUAAUAUCAAAAUACAACAGUGAAAAUGUACUACAUUCUCAUUUAACAAGAUCAUCUACAAUAUUUUCUAUUAAAGAUAAGUUAUUAUACAGGAAUGAUAAAAUACUUUGUAAAGUAAAUUACAAGGCUAUUAUAAAAGGUAAUAGAUUAUUUAUAUUUAGAAAUAAUAUUAUUGAAGAAUACAUUAUUAAACAAAAAAAGACUACAAAAAAAUUGGUAGAUAGUAAAUUUGAAAAGCUUUUUACAUCACCAAUUACUUUUUAUGAUAAUAUAUAUAAUGAAUCUUAUGAGUAUCAUAAACAUAAUAAAGAGAUACAACCCAAUAUUUAUGACAAAGAUAAUUUAAAUUUGUCUAUCUUUAGUAAUUUUGAACAUACAAUAAAUUUAAGAGAUUAUAAUUUUUUAUGUAAUUUUAAUAAGAUUGAGAUGUACAAAUCUGCAGUAAUUAAAGAUACAGAUAUUUUUUAUUAUAAUAAUAAGAUACAUUUUUUAUAUCUAACAUACUUAGUAACUUUACCAUGCAAUGAUAUUAUCUAUAAAUUUACAAUUUAUAAAAAUAAGAAGACAAAUAACAUUUAUGAAAUGAUUUAUAAAUCUAUAAAUAAUAAACAUAAAAGUAUAUACAAGAUGUAUAUUAUAAUAAGUAUAAUAGAACAUACUAAAGUAAAUAUAAAUAAUCCAGAGAUAAUAAAAUUACUACAUGAAAUAUGUGUUUACAAAUCAAAUAUAAUUGAAUUUAUUAAUUAUAAACAGUUUUAUACACCAAUAUUAAUUGAUUUAUAUAGAAAGACAAAUGGAUUAUUUCCAUAUAAAAAUUUUAUAAAUGAUCUAAUAAAAAAUACAGAUAUUUAUAAUGAAGUGUCAUUAUGUGAUAUAAAAAAGAUAGUUAUACUUCAUACAGAAUUAUCUUAUAUUUUUAUAAAAAAAUGUAUUUUAGAAAAUAGAGAGUGGGAAAUUUGUAAAAUUAUAAAAAUACUUAGAAAUAAUCAAGAAAUUGAUAAAGUCAUAGACAUUUUACUAGAAAAUAAUUGUUUGUAUUUACUCAGUAAGAUUAUUAAAAUUGAUAUACAACCAAUAAUGAAGAUAGAAAAAUAUGUAAUGGAAAGUUAUAAAAAACAGAUAUAA